AUGAAGAGGGCCAAAGACGAGCAGACACCCUCGGAAGAAGAUAAGUACGAAAAAUACUCCCUAUACAAAGGUGAUAAGACCACUCCGGGGGCAUACGUACCCCCCCUUCCAUCCUCAAUCAUCACCAACCAAGUGGAGUCCGUUUACUUUGUUAAUUAUAGAGCCGUCGUUGUAAAAACCAAGCGUUACUAUGUCACGCAGAAUUCUUACAUGCUCUUCGGAGAUGUGUUCAAAAUAUAUAAUCUAAAAGGAGAAAUAAAAAAAAUACAUGCAUUUUUUCCAGGGGAUGAAAAUAAUCUGUCUGAUACGCUCAUCAUGCUGAAAACGACUGUAGUGGCUGUGACGACCUCCAAAGCAGAAGCCUUACGUGUAGCAGACGGAAUUGAAAUGACAUGCAAGAUUUGCCGCAAGAAGAGAAAGGCCACGAAGUUUUCUAUAGAGGGGUUCCUCAGGAAGGUCAGGUGUGACACAUGUAGAGUGAAACCGAAGAAUCUAAUUAACAAAAUGAAACGGGUGAAUAACAUUAAGGAGGAACAACAAACGUUCCUUCCAGUUUCUUCCAACACCACUAACGAUUCCUCUUGCACAACCUCCGCUGUGGCUGAAAUGGCCACUACAGUUAACCACCCCCGUGCUGGCAGGAAGAGUGCCCCUCUUUGUAACGACGCCUCCAGUGUGAAUAACGCCCGUUGUAUCAACAACAGCAUAGCAACAGCAGGAGAUGGACCUUCAAGUGGUGUCUUAAAUGGAGCACCGAAUGGGUCAUCCAUGACAACUCCAAAUGGAUCAGCCAACUUAGGAGGAAACAACGGAAUGGGAAACAAUACCGGAGAAAACGCACGCAUGCACAGUGGUGAGGCCAACCUGGGGGGUAAGCCCACCAGUGCCGGUACAGCCCACAAUGGAUGCCACAACGAAUGCCACAAUGGAUGUCUCAGCACAAGCGUCUCCACCAUGAACGACGCAGCUGUUGGGCAGCAGCGCAUAUGUUCGUACAACUCGAAGAAUGCCACUAGUUCCAGUAACGGCAGCGGCGCACACUCUUCCUUCCUCAAGAGAAACUGCUACGUUGGUGCCAGCGAAACGUGCACAGCUAGCCACAACAACCAAAAUGAACAUGACGCAAAGAACCCAGACGAAAUUAUUUCCAUGAUAAUAGAGCUAAUAAAAUACAUCUCAUGGAUGCAAAAAGCCCUAAUCAGAGCGUCCAAAGGGGAUUACGUCAUGGACCACACAGAAAUUAACAUAGAAAAAAUUUCCAAAGUGGUUCAUUCUGCUCAGGUGUUGUGUAAUAAACUGUUAAGACAAAAGUCUUUCGUCGAUCAAACAGCAACAAGCAGUCGAAACGAUAGCAACUUCAUCCCCAUGUAUAAUUCCAAUUCUAAUAAUAUGAGAAUAAAGUAUGCUAACUUGUAUGAGAACAAAAUGAACGCUAUGCAGAGCAGACCGAUCGAGACGAAUCUGGCCAACUAUAAUGCAGUCAGUGUUUUUAACAACAUUAUUAAUCACAACACAUUGAGCCUUUCGAAUUGCGCUACUACUCAGAGGAAUGUUUCUGCCACGCCAUCCUGCAGUAGCGGUGGGAGCGGUGCCGGAAGUGGUGACGGCCAUAGCGGUGGUAAUGCAAGUGGACAUGCAACAGGAAAUGACAGCGCAUCGAACAGCACCAGCGGAGAGGGCGCCCCCAACGAUAACGGACAAAACGGACAAAACGGGCAAAACGGGCAAAACGGGACAAGUCCCAACAACCUAUCCAACCUUACAAGCGUCACCAACAUUACCAACACACCAACCAACGGAAACAACAGCAACGCCACCAUGGAGGCGGAUUCCCCACUGAACAACUUCAACAACAUCAACAAUGGAAAUAUUUUACCCUACUAUUCGAACGCGUGCCAAAUUACCUGCGUCCCACCUGCAGCUUGUUCCACUCGAAACGAUAACCGAAUGAACCAUUUUAUAAAACAGGAAAAUAAUUACAUGUACAACACAAAUAAACCAAGUGAAGAAUUUUCAAACAACAUACAAAGUAACAACAAAAAUAAUUACUACAAUGACAAACAAGACAUUUUUUUCUCGGCCCUCUCCAAGCAGUACAACUCAAACCUUAACAUCUCCUUUAACAAUAUAAAUAAUUCUGUGUCGAAUUUUUACAGGACCGUUUCGAAGAACUACAAUAUUAGGGACACCAUUUUGAACUUGGACAAGUAG